AUGUCUGACAGUGAUUCUGACCUUAUCCUGCUCACCAGUUUCUAUUGCCCUGAAUGCAAGCAGGCUUUCCGAUCUCCUGGUGGUCUUACUUGCCAUAAAAAUAUCAAACACCCAGUCAUUUCAUUCAGACCCCAGAUUGGUGGAGGAGGAGGUGAACAUCAUUUUGAGACACACCAGCACUUCCGUGCAGAUCAUUACAACAUACAUGGUCGUCCUGUACCUGCAGAUAAGAGCCCCGAGUCCAUUCCUGAACCUCCUAUCCAUCUUCCAGAAGCAUGGUACCCAUUCGACAAGCGAUCAACCUUUGAUUGGUCACACUUCUUUUACAUUGAACUCAAAGCAUCAAAUGGAAAAAUCAACAAAGCUUUAGAUAUCCUUCAGGCUCAACUUCUCGAAGUCGGAGGUGGUCAGACUCCGUUUAGGAAUACAAAGGAUCUUUAUGCAGCAAUCGACUCAAUCCGAGAAGAGAAUACCCCAUGGAUCACUUACAAUGUGAAGUACACUCGUGAGCUGCCAGACAACCCGCCCCUUUGGAUGAUGGAAGUUUACGAAUUCUGUGUCCGUGACACAUUGAAUGUUCUAAUUGAGCAACUCAAGACCGAAGCCUUUAGGGACCAGUUCAACUACACUCCUUAUCGGGAAUGGAAUACUCGAAAUGAGAGAAUUUAUUCCAAUCUGCUCUCUGGAGACUGGAUAUGGGAUACAGCCAGAUCCAGAGCUUGA